UGGGACGCCGAGAGGCUGGCGCCGCUGGCCGAGCACGCGCUGCACCAGAACACAAUCUCUGCAUUGCACUGGUCGCCUCUUGUGAAAGAUCUGGUUGUAUCCGGUGAUGAGAAAGGCGUAAUUGUCUGUUACUGGUAUAACAGAAAUGACAGCCAGCAAUUCUUCCCAGAGCCUCGGACGAUUUUUUGCCUCACUUGUUCUCCUCAUGAUGAAAACCUGGUGGCCAUUGGCUACAAGGAUGGCAUGUGUCUGGCCUGGUGCCCUGUGCCUGGUGAGGAAAGGUUACCUGCUUGGCAAGAUGAGCUCCAAGAAGAAAGUGAAGUUCCAAAUGGGGAUUCGACACAAGAUACAGCCAUGAAGAAAGGUUGUUACCUUGCUUCAGGAAGCAAAGAUCAGACCAUACGAAUAUGGAGCUGUACUAGAGGCAGGAGUGUAAUGACUUUGAAGUUGCCACCCACGAAGCGAAGAGGUGGAGCUGUGGAUCCUGCUGUUAAAGAGCGCAUUUGGCUGACUGUUCACUGGCCUUGUGGCCGUUCCAAAGAAAUUGUAUCCAGCUGUUUUGGGGGAGAAUUAGUACUGUGGGAUUUGACCCAAACCGGGAAACGCAAGUGGACGCUUUUAGGAUCUUCAGAGGGACAGAAUCACUCACGAAUUGUGUUCAAUCUGUGUUCCAUGAAAAUUCAAGACAAAGAGCUACUUUUUUCCAUUUCAAUGGACAGAGAUGUGAAGUGUUGGGACCUAUCCACUCUUGAUUGUAGCUGGACAAUGCCCUCGCUUGGGGGAUUUGUCUAUAGUCUUGCCUUCUCCCCUGUGGACACAGGCUGUCUUGCCAUCGGUGUUGGGGACAGCAUGAUACGGGUGUGGAAUACUUUGUCCAUGAGCAAUAGCUACGAUGUUAAAACAUUCUGGCAAAGCAUAAAGUCCAAGGUUACAGCGUUAUCCUGGCAUCCAACCAAAGAAGGCUGCUUAGCUUUUGGAACCGAUGAUGGAAAAGUUGGCAUAUUUGACACCCUCUCCAGCAGCACUAAAAAUAAGCCACCUCAGAUCUCCAGUACUUACCACAAGAAGACUGUAUACACAUUAGCCUGGGGCCCUCCAACUCCUCCUCUAUCUCUUGGAGAAGGUGAACAGCCCUCUGUAACCCUAUAUAGCUGUGCUGGUGAAGGUAUUGUUUUUCAACACAACCCUUGGAAGCUUAGUGGAGAAGCAAAUGACAUCAACAAAGUCAUCAGAGACACUAAUUCAAUCAAGCACAAACUGCCUGCACAUACCGAGAUCAGCUGGAAACCAGAUGGCAAACUCUUGGCUCUUGGUAAUGAAGAUGGCUCAAUUGAAAUAUUCCAAGCUCCAAACCUGAAAUUGCUCUGCACUAUCCAGCAGCAUCAUAAACUGAUAAAUGCUAUUCGUUGGCAUCAUGAACAUGGGAGCCAGCCAGAGCUGAGUUACUUGAUAGCUUCAGGCUCAGUUAAUGCUACUAUUUACGUGCAUAAUCUGAAGAGCAUUGUAGAGAGCUCUUCAGAAACUCCUCUAACAAUAACAGAGCCUUUUCGAACUCUAGCAGGGCACACAGCUAAAAUCACAAGUCUUUCUUGGAGCCCCCACCAUGAGGCACGAUUGGUGUCUGCUUGCUAUGAUGGCACUGCUCAGGUAUGGGAUGUUAUGAAAGAAGAGCCACUCUGCAACUACCGAGGGCACCGGAGCCGGCUACUCUGUGUCCAGUGGUCACCAGUGGAUUCAGAUUCUGUUUACACAGGAGGUGAUGAUUUUUCUGUUCACAAAUGGCUCAUCUCAAAGCAGGAGCACACGCGGCCUCCUCAGGGCAAGAAGAGCAUAGAAUUAGAGAAGAAAAGAAGUAUGCAACCCAAAGCCAAAACAAAGAAGAAGAAAAAGCCUAUAGGAAAGAAUACAUCCAAACAAGAUCUGAGUGACACCAUGAAUGGAGAUGAAAGCAUGAAGGAAAUUUUACCAGAAGAAAAUGGAGUUUCAGACCAUGAAGGAGAAAAAGAAGCUCAGGAGGUGGAGUUACCUGAUAAAGUGUCCACGAUAGAGUCCAAGGAUACCUCUUCUGAUUAUUUUUCAAUUGGCUUGACAAAGCCUUUAGUGAUCCAGAAAGUCAACCUAGUGAAAAAGGAUCAGCCUAAAGAGAAAACAGGUCCUGAUUCCUCUCUGAAGAAAAGGAAGCCUCGCUCAGUUUUGCCCUUCACCACAUCCAUGGAUCACAGAUCAAAAGAGGAACUGCAUCAGGACUGCUUGAAGCUUGCUACAUGUCUGAAAUCUCAAGGCCAUACUGAGGGUUUGUCCUCUGACCUCGAGGAUCACGUCCACUUGGGGCUGUUUGCAGACAGGGCGUCUCUGCACAAGAUGAUGGAUAUGGAAGGAAAAUACCACUUGGAGAAUGGGCAUCCAGAGCUAUUUCAACAGCUCAUGUUGUGGAAAGGAGAUCUGAAGGGCAUCCUCCAGGCAGCUGCUGAGCGGGGAGAGCUGACAGACCAACUAGUAGCAAUUUCACCCAUGGUUGGAUAUCAGGCUUGGGUGUGGACAGUAGAAGCCUUUGCAAAGCAGCUGUGUUUCCAGGAGCAGUAUGUGAAGGCUGCUUCCCACCUCCUGUCCAUCCAUAAGGUUUACGAGGCUGUUGAGCUCCUGAAAGUGAACCACUUCUACAGGGAAGCUAUUGUAAUUGCUAAGGCCAGGCUGCGUCCAGAAGAUCCAGUCCUGAAGGAUCUCUACACCAGCUGGGCAGCUCUUCUAGAGAAAGAUGGUCAUUAUUCCAUGGCUGCCAAAUGCUAUUUAGGGGCUUCCUCACCCUAUGAUGCAGUCAAAGUGCUGGCAAAAAAGGGUGACGUGGCAUCCCUUAAAACUGCUGCUGAGCUGGCCGUGAUAUCUGGAGAGGAGGAGCUGUCAGCAACGUUGUCUUUCAGAUGUGCCCAAGAGCUGCUGUCAUCCAGGAACUGGGUGGGGGCUCAGGAAGUUCUUCAGCAACAGAAAACUUUAUUUGGACAAAGGCUUGUUUUCUGCCUUAAUGAAUUGCUCUGCAAACGUCUUAGUGAAGGAAAACCGUGUGAGCAGAAGGGCUCUUCAUCGCCCUGCUACCACAGCUGGGAGGUGAACAAGGAGGCCCCGUUUCUGGCCACGGUGGUGGCAGUCUGGCAGAGUGCACUGGGCCUGAGCACUGCUGAACAAGCCACGUGUGCCCGGGAGCAGCUGCGCAGCAUCCAGUACCCUCCUGCCACCAGCAACACACACCCCAAGCAGCUGCUUUUCCACAUCUCCCACGACGUGACCCUCGCGUUCCUGAGCUCCCAGACUGCUGCAUGGGAUGAGGCAGUGAGAAGCCUGCUCGGAGCUGUGACCCGCAGUUACGACGCUGGUGAUUUCACUCUGAUGCAAGAGAUCUGCAGCCUCCUCCUCCCUGAAGGCUGUGAUACCCUGAGGCAGAAACUGGACGGCGCAGAUUCCCAGAGCAUGGAUGCUUGCAGAAGUUUAGAGGCCUUCGUGGCUUAUGGGCUCCUGUAUGACCUGUGGUGGAAUCCACCCAAAGAGCUGCAGAAGGCUGUGCUGGCUCCGAGCGAGAACACCGCUCUGGAACCGAGCUGCAUUUCAAGCUCUUCCCCUGAAGAAACUGCUGAUCAAGGUGCAGUUGAGACAGGUGAAAAUCUUCACCCUCCAGCUGAACUUCCUAGGUGCGAGAUAGAAGACGACUCGAGAGCUAGCUCAGUGGAUCUGGAACAGAGACAGUCAAAACUGAGCGGCUGCAAAGUGCUCCUCUCAGGAGCGAUGGCUUCUUUGCAGAGUACCCAGAGAGACAUAGCAGAGGGUCAGCAGACCCUCGCAGAGAUGAUCCACCAGCAUCAGAGGAACAAUCUCCAGGGAAGCACAACUGGAAGCACCCAGGAAAGCAGGGAGCAACCCAGCUCAGAGACCGAGUCAGACAAGCCCUGCUCUGACAGCAGCCAGAUGAAGUGUCAGACUGAAGCAAAGGAACCAAUUACACUCCCUGAGCUAACGAAACAGCUUCUAAAAGCAAACCAGAAGCUUGCAGAAUUCCCAGACAGUUUAAAGGCCUUCCCUUUCCCCGAUGUGCUGGAGUGCUGCCUGGUCCUCCUGCACCUGGGCCCCGAGUGUCCUGCGGAUCUGCACGGCCGGGCCCUGGCCCUGCUCGGGGAACACGGCGCCCACGCGAGGGCUGCCCGGAGGUUCCUGCUCUGA